AUGCUUUUAUCAUCUGCUCCUGUCAAGUCUCUGACCGUUCCAGAAAAACGUGGUCGUCCCAAGAAGAGCCCAGAGGUCAAAACCACACUCACUUUCAAGCCGGAAUCUAUGGCCGAUGUUGAUUCGGAGAGGAUCCAGGCCCAAGCUGGGGCCUACUGGCAAGAAAAUAGAUGGAAGCCAUCUCAAGUUGCGAAGAAAGAUGACAACGCCUCACCUGGACCUGGCUUGACGGCAUCUCUGGCCAAUUCUCAGCCGGUCUCCUUCUCCCUCCCCGCAGCAACUGCCACCGGACGCAAGCCUGUCCAACCAAAGAAAAGGUUGUGCAAGAGCGGGAAGAAGCAAGCCGGUAAACCAGAUGUUUGA